AUGGACGCGCUCCCGAAAAGCAGCACACAAAGUAGCCUAAACAAUUUAAACCAAGGCAAUGACAAGUACGACCAAGCAAAGGGUGCAGAAAAUAACCACAAUGAAAAUGUAGACACAUACGUAUGUGAUGAAAGUGAAAAGAAUGAGUUAUCCAAAUCGUCACCAUCAGAAAAUGACAUGACAAAAGAGAAUCAAGAUAGUAACGCGAAUGCAAAGGAGGAAAAAGAUAAGGAGGAAAAGACGGUAAUAAAUGAUUGCCCUCCGGAUGGAGAAGACAAACCAAAAAAACUAUCCAACGAUUCGAUAGAUGAGAAAUUUUCAGAAGACCAAAAUGAAAAGGAAACAAGGGAUGAUGCAAAUGCAAAAUAUACAUAUGGCGAUUACGAAGGGGCAAUAAAAAUCUGGCUAAGAGGACUAAGGUCUAUCAAUUAUGUCCUUUCCAAAAAGGAAGAACUAAGCAGUGAGCGUCUGGAAUCAUUCCAAAAAUUACAUGCCAUCUACUGUAGCAAUAUUGCUCAGGGGUUCAUGAGAUUAAGUAAAUUCUCAGAUUGUGUUAAAUAUUCUCUUAUGGCUCAAGAAAAUGACAAAAAAAAUGUGAAAGUUUACUUCAGAUUGGCUAAAGGAUAUUUUAUGUUAGGUGAAUAUGACAAAUCUAUACAAGUUCUAAAUGAAGGAAUUGAAAUUGAUAACAACACAGCUUUGGUUAAUUUGUUAGCCCUCGUGAAAAAAAAAAAGGAGACUUUUUUAAAAAAGGAAAAACACAUGAUGAAAUAUAUCUUUGAUAAUCUCAAGGACACACCUUUAAUUCACGACAAGAAUUGUUCCAAUUCGAUUUUCAGAGCUGUCUAUUCGUUAAUAUCUCUUCUUCUCAUGUUUGUAUAUGCAUUCUUCGUUCGAUCCUCCAGCCUCUUAGCUCGCAUCUUUAAAAAAUGGAAAGUAAAGAGUGUCUAA